CGCCCAUCUAGCUGCACCAGAGAGGGGACGGGAGCGCUGGUUGCUUGCAAAACAAAAUAUGGUCGUUGGUGCUUGUUUCCCCUGCUGCAGCCGCUCACGUUCGGCUUAGUCCGGGGUCCAAGUUUUACCUUUUAACAGCAGGCUGGAUUCCCACCGGGGCUGUACAGCUUCUUGCAGUGGAAUAUUAUAGUCCAGCCGUAACAUGGUCACGGAUUGUUCUUUAUUGAAACAGUUGGUUGAGUGUUUGUGUACAGCGGAUAGCGGGCGUGUGCCGAGCGUGCUCCUGAACCCGGGCCCCCAGGUCUGCGUGCUGCAAGGACCCUGCGGGAGGCACGUUCUGAACAAUGGCUGUGUGGAUCCAGGCCCAGCAGCUGCAGGGCGAGGCCCUGCGCCAGAUGCAGGCGCUGUACGGCCAGCACUUCCCCAUCGAGGUGCGGCAUUACCUCUCGCAGUGGAUCGAGAGCCAAGCAUGGGACUCCAUCGACCUCGAUAACCCCCAGGAGAACCUCAAAGCCACCCAGCUGCUGGAGGGGCUGAUCCAGGAGCUGCAGAAGAAGGCAGAUCACCAAGUGGGCGAGGACGGGUUCUUGCUGAAGAUCAAGCUGGGGCACUAUGCCACUCAGCUGCAGAACACGUACGACCGGUGCCCCAUGGAGCUGGUGCGCUGCAUCCGCCACAUCCUGUACCAUGAGCAGCGGCUGGUUCGGGAGGCCACGAACAGCCCCUCCCCGGCCAGCAGCCUGGCGGACGCCAUGUCCCAGAAGCACCUGCAGAUCAACCAGACCUUCGAGGAGCUACGCCUCGUCACCCAGGACACAGAGAACGAGCUGAAGAAGCUGCAGCAGACGCAGGAGUAUUUCAUCAUCCAGUACCAGGAGAACAUGCGCCUCCAAGCCCAGUUCUCCCAGCUCUCCCAGCUGGGCCCCCAGGAGCGCAUGUCCCGCGAGACGACACUGCAGCAGAAGAAGGCGUCGCUGGAGGCCUGGCUGCACCGGGAGGCCCAGACACUACAGCAGUACCGAGUGGAGCUGGCAGAGAAGCACCAGAAAACCCUGCAGCUGCUGCGCAAGCAACAGACGACCAUCCUGGACGACGAGCUGAUUCAGUGGAAGCGGCGGCAGCAGCUGGCGGGGAACGGCGGCCCUCCCGAGGGCACCCUGGACGUGCUGCAGUCCUGGUGUGAGAAGCUGGCCGAGAUCAUCUGGCAGAACCGGCAGCAGAUCCGUCGGGCCGAGCACCUGUGCCAGCAGCUGCCCAUCCCGGGGCCCGUAGAGGAGAUGCUGGCUGAGCUCAAUGGCACCAUCACAGACAUCAUCUCCGCCCUGGUGACCAGCACCUUCAUCAUCGAGAAGCAGCCCCCCCAGGUGCUGAAGACGCAGACCAAGUUCGCGGCCACGGUGCGGCUGCUGGUGGGGGGGAAGCUGAACGUGCACAUGAACCCGCCCCAGGUGAAGGCCACCAUCAUCAGCGAGCAGCAAGCCAAGGCCCUGCUGAAGAACGAAAGCACCCGCAACGAGAGCAGUGGGGAGAUCCUGAACAACUGCUGCGUGAUGGAGUACCACCAAGCCACGGGCACCCUGAGCGCCCACUUCAGGAACAUGUCCCUGAAGCGCAUCAAGCGCUCGGAUCGGCGUGGCGCCGAGUCGGUGACCGAGGAGAAGUUCACCAUCCUCUUCGAGUCGCAGUUCAGCGUCGGCGGCAACGAGCUGGUCUUCCAGGUCAAGACGCUGUCCCUGCCCGUGGUGGUGAUCGUGCACGGGAGCCAGGACAACAACGCCACGGCCACCGUGCUCUGGGAUAACGCCUUCGCCGAGCCGGGCCGGGUGCCGUUCGCCGUGCCCGACAAGGUGCUGUGGCCCCAGCUGUGCGAGGCGCUCAACAUGAAGUUCAAGGCCGAGGUGCAGAGCAGCCGGGGGCUGACGAAGGAGAACUUGCUCUUCCUGGCCCAGAAGCUCUUCAACAGCAGCAGUGGCCAGCUGGAGGAGUACAGCGCCAUGUCCGUCUCCUGGUCCCAGUUCAACAGGGAAAACUUGCCAGGGCGGAAUUACACCUUCUGGCAGUGGUUCGAUGGGGUCAUGGAGGUGCUGAAGAAGCAUCUUAAGCCUCACUGGAACGACGGGGCCAUCCUGGGCUUCGUCAACAAGCAGCAAGCACACGACCUGCUGAUCAACAAGCCGGAUGGGACCUUCCUGCUGCGGUUCAGUGACUCCGAGAUCGGGGGCAUCACCAUCGCCUGGAAGUUUGACUCACCUGAGAGGAUGUUUUGGAACCUCAUGCCCUUCACGACCAGAGACUUCUCCAUCCGCUCGCUAGCCGACCGCUUGGGUGACCUCAAUUACCUCAUCUACGUGUUCCCCGACCGGCCCAAGGACGAGGUCUUCUCCAAGUACUACACGCCGGUUCUCUCUAAAGCCGUGGAUGGAUACGUGAAGCCACAGAUCAAACAAGUGGUGCCAGAGUUUGCCAGCGCCUCCGGGGAUCCCGCCGCCGGAACGGUCACCUACAUGGAUCAGGCACCGUCGCCGGCCGUGUGCUCCCAGCCGCAUUACAACGUCUACCCGCAGAACCCUGACUCCGUCCUGGAUCCCGAGGGCGAGUUCGACCUGGACGAUACAAUGGACGUCGCACGACACGUGGAGGAGCUUCUCCGGCGGCCCAUGGACACUCAGUGGAUCCCCCACAGCCAGUCGUGACCCUGUGCCGUGGUACGGCCCCAGCCCGGCAGCCGUGUCCCUGGGAGACGAUCCGGGGCGCGUGCCCCGUGGAGAGCAGCCCUGUGUUGGUGUCUCUGUGCGUGGGCCCCUGUGUGGGGGGUGCUCGUCCGGGGGCUUUGCUCUGCACCAGCUGCAGUGUCCAUGGCUGCGCUUGGCUCUUCGGUGUUUAUCCCCGUGUACUAAAGGCAGUGGGCUUGUCGUAGGGUUUCCCUGUCUGUUCCUUUGAGGCCUGCCUUCAGCUUCUCGCUUCUGCAGCGCUGCUCCUCCCCGUGCAGCAGAUCCCCGGACCCCAUGUGCUUCAGCACCCGCUGGACUCGGAUCCCUGCCCCUGUGCCCAGGGGCCUCUCAGCGUGGGGGGCGGGCCUGGGAGGUUGUUUGCAGUAAUCGUCACAUCUAGGAGUUCUGUGUUCAAAUUCCUUCCUUUUGUUACCAGCUCCCCCGUCCCGGGGGGCGUGUGCGUGUGCGUUGGGUCCUGUUUGUGUGCACAGAGACCUGGGGGCAAAGACUCUUUCUUCUCAGCCUAGGCAGCAGCAUCUGCGCCUUGGGAGUGGCUUGCUGGGAAGGCGCCCCUCCAGGGCCCGUUUCUCCUCCCAGUUCCUGCGUGGCCCGUGUCCGCUCAGCCAGUGGGACGCUGCCCUUCCCCUACGCCUACCGGUGGGGGGUGUUUAAUAAACCCUGAGAGGAAGGAGGGGGUUCCAGGUGGACACGACUGCUCUGUGUGCAGGAGGAACGGGGCUCCCGGCUGGGGUCUGGGUGAGGCGCGGCUCAGGCUGGGGUGAGAGGCUGCCGGUCCCGCCCCGGGUGCCCUCCCUCCCCUUCGACAUUAUUUUUCUACGGCUGAGUAAAUAAAGCACAGAAUAUUUUUUUAACACAAAGCUCUGGAUUCCGCGUGUCUCUGUGGGAGCAUCAGCUCUGGGCUCAGCAGCUAGCUGACGUCCUGGGGAGGGGUCAGACAGAGCCCCUGGGGCUGGGGCUGUCGGUGGGCCGGGCAGCAGGUGUUUGAGCCCAGGGCUGAGUUGCGCCCUGUGCAGACGUGCGGGGGAGGAGCUGCUGUGAGGGAAACGCUGCAUUUGCCAGCUGGGUUCAAUGGUCAGACUCCGUGGAGGAGGACAGGGGAGUUGUGACAUUCCUCCCCCCGCUUUCUAGAGGACUUGCAGCAGCCCCCAGACGAUGACUGGCCCCACAUGGCCCGAGGCAGCAGGUGCUGAACCUGGCGAUGGGCGUACAGGGGCCCCAGCCAGGCCCUCUCGUCCCUCUGCUGCUUUCCUGUGUUCUGAGUGCCCUGAGCUGCGUGAGGGGAGCCGUGCCGCUGGCUCAGCCCUGAGCCACGUCUUGCCCAGAGGCACCGUGCUCGUCACCUGGCAGGCUUUGCAAAGGACGCUCCCCAGUGCGUCCUGGGCUGUGGCCGCGUGAGCCUCUGGCGAAGCAGCGCUAGGGCCAGGUGCUCCCCGCCAGACCCCAUUUGCACCAGUGCUGUCUGUCCUGGUUUGAACCUAGGACCAGCUGCCCUGGUGCAAAGCGUGUCUGCCCCUGGGCAUUGCACUAGUCACUGAAAUCCCCGAGGCCUGGACGUAGGCAGGGCACGUGGGGAGGAGGCCGGGGCGCGUGGUCCGAAUGGUCUGUCCCUUACCUGCUCAGUGCUGCAGGCAGCGGGGGCAGCUGGCGUGAGUGUGUGCUUAGCUCGGCAUUGCUGCAAAUCCUGCACGUGGCCUUUCAUGUGCGUAACUCCACAACCCCCUGCUUUGCCAGGCUGCACGCCCGCAGGGCAAGGGCUGGGGCUGCCCCGGGCUCCUGGAGCGCUGGGCUGGCUCCAGCAGAUAGAGCUAAUAUCAUCCUGAAAACAAACAAUUCCAGUCUUUUCUUUUUAAAGAAAAAUUCUCUUGCCCAAGCCCCGGCCAGGUGGGGGUGAGUUCUCGCCUUUUGGAAUUACAAGCAAAUUUCAAAGAGAAGCAGGAAACGCUCUGAUGCGAGGUGGGACACCCGCAGGUUAAAGAUCACGACUCUUGUAGAAAGGAAAAAAAUACAUGAUUUUAAAACUAGCCCCGGUGAAACUUUUUGAUAAUUUUCUUUAAAAACAAAACAAACCCAACCACCCCCACCCCCCCCAGAAAACCUUGUAUGUGGAAACUGAAUUAUUUCAGCUGCCUCCUCUUCGUGUUGCAGGCUGCUCCUGCCUCGCGCAGGGCACUAAUAAAGUAUUGUCAACUCUG